AAAGGGUUACCGCGUUUUUUGUGCUCGUGUUCUGUGUCCUUUCGCGCAGUUUAAAUAUGUCUAACAUCAAUUAACCAACUUGCCCGCCAGACAGUUUUAUCUGUAGACAGUCAGGAACUCGCAAGGUUUGGUUAGCCUAGUUCGUUGGUCUUGCGUUCGACGAACUUUUGACCUCUCCCAGGGCGCUGUUGUUUUGGCGGGAUUUGCGGAAUUCCCGAGAGAGCAUGGCUUGGUGGAAGUCUCCGUUGCCUUCGUCACUGCGAAACCUGUUGCCAGAAGACUUGUAUGAUCCCAUGUCUUUCGACGAGCUGAUCUGCGUCAUCUGCCACUUACUUCUCCGUGAUCCGGUUGAGUGCCCCUGUCGGCACGUCUUCUGUCGCCACUGCAUCCAGGCAUGGGUUCGCCAGGACAAUAGCUGCCCUGUGUGCCACAAGCAUAAUGCCGGAGCCAUCACACCUGUAUCACCCCUUCUACAAAACUUGGUCAACCGUUUCAAGGUGAAAUGCCAAAAUGCUGGCUGCGACGCCCGUGUACCUGCUGAUUGGUUCGCGUAUCAUACGAGUUCAUGCGAGUUUCUCGAAGUAUGCUGCCCGCACAAAGCCUGUCAGCAUAGAUGCCAGCGUCGUCUGCUAGAAUCUCACGUGAAGCAGUGCCCUCAACUUAAGGUCAUCUGUGAGAGGGAGUGCGGAUUGGUUGUCACACAAGGCUGCCUCCAAAGCCACAACUGUGUGGAUGAACUCAAGCGCAAGCUAGACGAGGCAAAAUCCGAGUGUUACAAUUGGCGGCAGAAGGCUGUGGACGCAACAGAAGCCCUGAAAAGGCUCGGCGGCACAAUGCGCCUCAUAAGGGAUACUGGCAGGAUUCUGGAGUGCAGCAUCAAGGACCUCCACGAACAACUUGACGAGGCCACUAGGCUGACCAGCCCAGCACGUCAGCCGAGCCCAGUUGUCCAGGAUUCUACCGUGGAGAGCAGCGCCACCAGCAUCGAAGUACUAGGUGCGGGGCUCAACAACCAAGCAACCCGAGUUUCUGAACAUGCCGUAAGCCACUUCAGCCACAACCCGGUGUUGAUAUCUUGGCCAAACUCGUUUGGCCAGACAGUUGUGGAAGAGCCGUCGCUCAAUGUACCUUAGUUCAGACUGGCUUUUAAGUUAAUCCAAAACUCGUCAGUUCUUUCUAUGCGUCUGCAGCCACCACCUAGUGUGUCCUUCGAAACCAUUUUGCUUGCCUGUUAAAAGAGGGAAACUGCACUUGAAAACACUUGUUCGAAAUUAAAAUUCUUAGUUGAUUUUAUUGGUCUUUAUUAAAUGUGCAUAGUCUAUGCACAGUUGGGUGCUCAUUUCUAUAAUGUAGUUUUUUUUUUUGUAGAAUGUUAUGUGGUUUCUAAAGUACAAAGUGCUUGUGUGUUAGCAACAUUUUUCCCAAGACGAAGGAGCUACAAUUGUAGCACAUCAGCAUAAUGUAAUAAUUUGGAUUGAAAACAGGAAUGGAUGUUCUAAACCUAUGUGAUUAAAAAUUAAACAUUUGUGAGUGGUGGCAAGUGAUGUGUUUGAUGUCAAGCCAGGACUUGACUCAUGUUCAAUGUGUCGUAACUUUUGUGCAGGUGGGUUUAGAAAAUCUGUUCUUGUUUUAUUGCAUACAGCUCUCAUACCACUGUUGUAAUACACCAAUGUGCUUCAUAACUAUCCCAUUUGUGGCAAGAUCUUGCUGACUAAAAGAUGUAAGAAGUGCUGUAUAAUUUAAGAAGUACAUAUUGUAAUGGAAACAUAUUUGAUAUAGCGCACAAAUACACUAAAAAUCUCUGCGAGUGUCAUUAAAAACUAUAAAUAAAGUUCUUGUGCAGCGUUCCUCCUUGAAAUGUGUUUAACAGUGCUCUCCCUGGGUACAGAGAUUCGGAUGCCUGUAAUCCGAUUCACUAAUUUUUCAAUUUGUGGAUUGGGUUUAUUGAAAUGGGUGAAUUAUUUGCAUCAUGUUUCUUAGUCCUUCAUUAAGUGCCCCUAUUUUUGAAGGAAGUCGUGUCGUAGCUGUUUGGAUGACACAGUUUUUUUAACAUGCGACCCGCGCCACAGUCUGCUUUUCGGUCGUAUGACUGUCUGGGAACUCUGCAAGCCUUUCCCCAUCAAUAGCCUUUCAGUGCUCAAGUUUCCUCCAUGUCACAGGCCCAAUAACUUGUUGAGCUAACUUUCGCACUGUACAACACACUACUUCAAGGGAAACUGAAAGCCAACUCUGAUUCCUUUCAUCAUUCAAUCUGAAAAUGAAAAAUGCAACCACUAGAAGAACGGAGUACUGGUAUGACUGGAAGUUGCCUUUGAGAAAGCCAUAUUUUACCCAUUGGAGGUUGUAGCAUAUCGAUAUACUAAAGGGGUAGUAGAAAGUGAUUUCACUGCUCACACAUCCACAUGACCCUCUUCUGGCAUUUGUUUUAAUACAUAAAAAUUUUGUUGCACUUUGGAAAAAGAAGUUGGUUUUUGGCAUUUGAAUGCAAGGGAAUCUUUGAGAGAACCUUCAGGAAAUUUUCAUAGAGUGAAACUCGUAAUUUGUACAUUUUUAUAGCUGCUUGCCAAUAAUUGGUGUCACUGUUCAGCAAACCUCACUGUUAGAUAUUGGUCUGCAGCUUUAAUGAAACUGUGGCUCGUGGUCGCUGGAAAAAACGUGCCCACCUCGGCUUGAGAUGUUGUUUGCUUAUGCGAGUAAAAUCCGAUCAUCUUUUUGAAGAAUACUGAGCAGAGGACACGUGAUACGUUUCCUUUGCAUACCUCUUGAAAUACAGCUGAGAAAUGCUCCCGACUCUCCCAAACUUCAGGUAAUGUUGGAAACACGGCGAUUUUCCAGAAAUAGUGUGACAUUGCAAGUAAUGUUAUAGUACUGAUGGUACAUACAUCCCAGAAACGUUUACCAGGACAGCUGAAUGUGCUUGCCCGAGAGAUGCAUGUGUGUGAAAGCCUCGAUUUGCGCACUCUCUGUGAGUUCGUACAUUUCGUACAUAAUAUUUACCAAGGGAUGACAGCCUGUGCAAAACGAGAUUGCGAAAUGUUUGCCGAGCCGGUUCACCGUUUCACAUUUUGCUUCUAAAAAUCAAAUUUGCAUAUUUUAAAAUAUUAGCAGCAGCAGUCUGCUCGAGAUCUAAGUGUAAAGGCCACCUUUUUUGGUAUUGCUAGUCAUUCCAAGAAAUGUGAUUUUUCUGACUGAACUUGGCUUAUUCUCUCGGAGAAACUAGAGCAUUGUCUUGAAUCAGCUGGCAGACGCCCUUCUUGUGCAAUCCAAUGCUGCGUUUGCGUUGCUUCCUGUGAUAAUGGUCUGCCAGCUGUUUUAAACAUCUCCUUGUGAUAUUUUCUAUGUUCGUUAUGUAUACCUCGAUUAUUGUUAUUAUUAUUACUUUUUCUCCAUUUUGUUGCUGUUGUCAUGACAAUAAACAAGAGUUUUUGAGGUGGUUUUAUUGACUGGGGAUAUGUGGCAAGAUUUGCAUAUGUGAUCUUCAAAAAGAUGUUUUUAAAAAGUUUGUGUGUGUGUUUACUGCAUUGACAUUAUUUUUUUUUACUGCUGUAAGCUAUAUUAUGGUGAAUAAAGUUUUCUAGUGACUUGUAA